AUGAGCAAUGGCUUUGGCGCGAUAAAAUAUAUGGGCAUGUUGCCUUUCACCGAGCGGUUUCCGGCCGAGCUUCCCGUCACGGUGCUGCUUUACAACAAUCGAAAUCUUGGUGCGAGCGAUGGAGAGCCUCGACAGGAGGUCAUUCCUGCUCAUCAAAUCGCCGACUACAGUGACGCAAUCACCUAUGCUCAGCUACGACCAGACGUUGAUGAGAAGAAGAUAGUAGUCUGGGGCACGAGCUACAGUGCCGUUCAUGUUCUCACGGUUGCAGCCGUUGAUCGAAGAGUGAAGGCGGUGAUCAGCCAGACCAACUUCCAUAGGAUGACCAGAAACGAUUUGGUGAAGAACAUAGAAGCCCUAUUCGACAAGGAUCGACAAGGACAUGUUAGAGGCGAACCAGCAAUGACGAUAAAGAACGUAUCCAACCAAUCCGAGGAGGAACUUUGCAAUCUUCCGACUCCAGAUACAUACAAUGCGUCGGGCUACAUCCAUCACAUCUCUCCCACGCCAUUGCUGAUGUGCGUUGCGGACAAGGAUGAGCUUACACCUACCGAUAUUGCCAUCGAAUCCUACUCGCGUACACGGGAGCCCAAGGACAUCUAUAUCUUCCCUGGCGGUCAUUACGACGGUUAUUAG